CUGUCCAGCUGAAGGAGUCUCUCCAUCCUCAGCAGCAGCUUCAGCUCCAUUUGGACUCACAGUCCUCCGCUGCUCAUUUUCAUGACUUUGUGGUGUCGCAAACUUUCUCUGGGGUGGAAUCUCAAACAUCAGAAGUCGAUGGAUUAGCACACUGAGCCUGUAGGAUUAUCGUUACUGCAGCGAAGACCUGACGGACGAUGGCGCAGGCAGUCUCACUGUUUGGCAUUAUUCUGAAAAUCAGUUGUGUUGCUGCCAUCGAACUGCGGUUUAUGCCCGAUCCACCGAUGCUGAACAUCUAUGGCAUUCACAGGAUGAACAAAUCGGACAACCUGGAACUGACAUGCAGAGGCCGCCAGUACCUGAGGUGGACGACCCCUCCUACGAGCACUCACUUCUCCACCAGUGACUGCAGUGGAUCGGGACUCUUCUGCACGACACUGCAGAUCUCCAACGCGACCGUCAACGAAACCGGACAGUACCAGUGCUCCUACAGGGACCUGAAGGUGGAGGACGGCAAGACGUCAGCAGCAGCUUAUGUGUUUGUCAACGAUUACAAGGUGCCAUUUGUGCCGCCUGAGAAAGAAUACGAGGUGGUGUUCAUCCGUGAGGGGGAGCGGGUGGUGAUACCGUGCCGAGGCUCGGUGGAGGAUCUCAACGUCACGCUCCACACUAAGUAUCCAAAUAAGGAGCUCCAUCCCGAUGGGAAGGACUCCCUGUGGGACGCCAGGACGGGCUUCACGGUCCCCAGUCACCUGAUCAGCUACGCCGGCGUCGUGUCCUGCCAGACCCGCGUCGGAAAUGAGACGUUCAAGUCCCCCCUCUACAUUGUGGCUGUUGUCGGAUACAAGAUCUACGAACUCACCCUGACCCCCGCUCAGCUCAGGCUGUGUGCGGGGGAGCGGCUGGAGCUCGGCUGCACGGCCAAAACCGAGCUCAACGUGGGCAUCGAAUUCAACUGGACCCACUCCGGUCAGGCCCUGACCUCGGUGAACAAUUCGAGGCCGACCCACACGACGCCCAACAAGAAGAAGCUGUGGAACUCGCUGGAGCUUUCCAGCAAACUCAGAGUGGAGAACGUGACGGUCGACCACACCGGAGAAUACACCUGCACCGCAUCCAGCGGGAAGAUGGAGAAAAGUGCCUCAGCAUUUCUUAAAGUGUAUGAAAAGCCUUUCAUUGAUAUGAAAGAGCCGUGGACGAAGGUUUGGGAGGUAAAUGUCGGGGAUCAAACAUCCAUCCCCGUCAAAUACUCGGCCUACCCAGACCCCAACUCUAGAUGGUUAAAGAACGGCCUUCCACUGAAGGAGGAUUACAGAAUAAAACAGAGAAGCGACGCCCUCGUCAUCUGCGGAGUCACAGAAAUGGAUGCUGGGAAUUACACAAUGGUCCUGACCAAUAAGAUCACCAAAGAGGAACAGAGGCGCUCUUUCCAGCUGCUGGUCAACGUGCCUCCUCACAUCAUUGAGAAGGAGGUGGCGGUGGACACUGAUGUGUACCCGUACGGCAGCAGCCCCACCCUGAGGUGCACCGCUCGUGGAUUCCCCACACCUGCACACAUCCAGUGGCAGUGGAUGUCUAAAGACGACUGUCCAAAGGCCUUCCAGUCACGGCUGAUAAAGUCUGAAGUGCAGCUAGCGGCGUGCACAGGUUGGAGGCAUAUCAGCAACAGCACCGGUCACCACCCAGUCGAACGGAUCAUAACUGACGCUGGGCAUAACCAAAAGAAAAUCGCGAGCUCUUUGAAGGUUCAGAAAGCCGAGGCCCACACCCUCUACAGAUGCACGGCUGCCAACAAAGUCGGGGAGGAUUCACGCAUCAUCUUUUUCCACGUCACACGCGGCCUGGAGGUGAGCGUGUCGCCCCCCGGCGGGCCGUUAGAAGAGGACCACGUGGUUCUGCGCUGUAAGGCCGACAAGCUGCUGUACGGAAACAUGACCUGGUUCGGUGUCACCAACAUAUCGGAGUCGGAGCAGAUCAAGUCGGUGCAGCCGUGUCGCCCGUGGUGGAAUGUAACUGUAGUUAAGAACAAUUUUGAGCGGAGUCCCCCGUCUCGUGUAACGCUGUCCAGCCUGCAGGGCACCAACGUGACCCUGGAGCUGUCGCUGCCCAACGUGUCCCCUCGGGAUGAGGGUCUGUACGCCUGUCGGGUGGAAAACAUUCAGACUCGAGAGAAAACCUGCCUGGUGCGCCGUCUUUCUCUCAAAGGUCUUGAGGCUGCAAGGAUCCAUAAUAAUUUAACCGACCAAAAAGUUAACGUGAGUGCAACGAUCAGUCUCCUGUGCGAUGCUGGCGGGACGCCGAACCCGACGGUGGUGUGGACCAAAAACAACCACACUGUGGUGGAGGGCUCAGGGGUGAUCCUGAGUCAGCACAACCACAUUCUGACCAUUCAGCGAGUGAAGAAGGACGACAGCGGUCUGUACACCUGCACUGCCUGUAACAGCCGCGGCUGUGACACCUCACAGGCCUAUUUGACAACCGAAGGUGCAGAGGAAAAGACCAAUGUGGAGCUGAUUGUUCCCAUCGGGUCAGUGGUCAUCGCCAUGUUUUUCUGGUUACUGAUCGUCUUUGUCAUCCGUGGAAGAAAGAGACCAACUCGGGGGGAUCUGAAGACGGGCUACCUGUCCAUGAUCCUGGACGCAGAGGACAUGCCCAUGGACGAGCAGUGCGAGAGGCUCACGUACGAUGCUAACAAAUGGGAGUUCCCUCGGGACAGGCUGAAGCUAGGUGACCCGCUGGGACGAGGAGCAUUUGGUCAGGUGGUCGAAGCGGCCGCCUUCGGCAUCGAGAAAGCCACCACGCACACCACUGUUGCAGUCAAGAUGCUUAAAGAGGGAGCCACGUCGAGCGAGUACCGCGCCUUGAUGUCCGAGCUGAAAAUUCUCAUUCAUAUUGGACAUCAUCUCAACGUCGUCAACCUGCUGGGAGCCUGUACGAAGCCUGGAGGGCCACUGAUGGUGAUUGUUGAGUACUGUAAAAACGGAAACCUCUCCAGCUACCUGAAGAGCAAGCGUGGCGAGUACAGCCCCUACAAGAGGAGGCGGGUGGACAGCCAGAAGUGGGCGUCUGCAGACGAGGAUGUGGCCGAAGGGGAUCUGGGCUUGGGGAAGAUCGCCCAGCUGGACAUCUGCACGGGAAUGGCCGUCUGCUCCAGAGCUGGAGACCGGGCUUCAGGCAGCAACGUGGACACGCAGGAAGAGAGCUCAGACGAGGACCAUCUGACCAUGGAGGACCUGAUCUGCUACAGCUUCCAGGUGGCUAAAGGCAUGGAGUUUCUGUCGUCCCGCAAGUGCAUCCACAGAGAUCUAGCAGCCAGAAACAUCCUCCUGUCAGAGAACAACGUGGUGAAGAUCUGCGACUUUGGCCUUGCUAGAGAUGUCUACAAAGACCCCGACUAUGUCCGCAAGGGAGAUGCUCGACUCCCUCUGAAGUGGAUGGCUCCAGAGACCAUCUUCGAUCGGGUGUACACCACACAAAGUGACGUUUGGUCCUUUGGAGUUCUUCUCUGGGAGAUCUUUUCUCUGGGGGCUUCUCCCUAUCCGGGUGUUUGCAUCGACGAGUUAUUCUGCAGGAGGCUUAAGGAGGGCACCAGGAUGAGACCUCCGGAAUACGCCACCACCGAGAUAUACCAGACCAUGUUGGACUGCUGGCUGGAUCGUCCCACAGACAGGCCAACAUUCGCAGAGCUGGUGGGACAUCUGGGCAACCUGCUGCAGGCCAGCGCCCAACGGGACGGGAAGGACUACAUCCCUCUGACAGUCGGCAGCGCGGCAGAAGGAUCUCCAGUGACCCCCGACCCCAGGAACCCCUACAGCAGGCCGCAGAGUGGGGAAAUCCUGGAGGCUCAACUCCACUACGACAACCCGCCGUCCUUAGGACUGUCCCAACAGAGCGAGCGGUGCGGUCGUCCCCUCAGUGUGAAGACGUUUGAGGACGUCCCUGUGGCUCGCAGCAGUGUCAUGGAGGGUCACACAGACAGUGGUUUGUGCUUCUCACCGGAGGAGGUGAAGGGUUUGAAUCCACAGCUGCCAACGACACCCAACUUCAGUCAGCUGCUGCGCUUUAAGAGCAAAGAGUCUCUGGCCUCGGAGUCGUCCAAUCAGACGAGCGGAUACCAGUCGGGGUACCACUCCGACGACACAGACGCCCCGAUCUACGCCAACGAGGAGGCCAUCAUGAAGCACAACAUGCUGAAGAAGCCUCCGCUGCCCAAGACGCCGGACAAGUUCAACGCGGAGAUCCGCUACAGCACGCCGCCUGUCUGACCCAACCCCCCCCCCCCCCACAACUUAACCCCCGAGUCUUUUCACUGUACGAGUCACAGGUGUUACUCAAUAAGUCAGCUGGGGAAAGAACUGGAAGGUUGUAUGAGUUUGUAAGCGUAGCUCUCUUCGGACAUGCUUUCAUGUUUACUCAGCGAGUAAAAAAAGGUUGAGACACGAGGACACGCCCACUUCCGGAAGUGCAAUCCACCCACUUCCUCUAAUGCAGGAAAUGACAUCUGGAACUUUUAGAUAAUUGAAUCUGCAAAUGUUUGUUUUUUUGGCACAUUAAAUGUCCAGUAAGGAGGCAGUUCUCACACGUCAAUCCCAACAAUGGCACAUUUGUACAGUUCUUCUCUG